ACAAAGUUAACGAAGUGCCAUGAUUUGCAGCAUGGAAUAUGAGAUCCGUCUCGUGGGUGAAAUAUAGCUGCCAUCUCGUUGGCAAGAAUGUUGAUUACAACGCGUGACAUAAACUGUACAGAUUUCUGUACAAUCAUUGACGCGGAAGUUCGUGUAAGUCGGCGGGAGUAAUCGAGUAUUGCAUCCAUUGUCAUAUGAGGAAAUUUUAUGGGGUGUGCUGUGUUUAGAAUUUUCCAUAUUAUUCAGAAGUUGGCUCAGUGAAAUUCUGUACUGUCUUCACAGACUUCUCUGCUUGAUAGAGCUGCUGUAAUCAAGGCAGAUGAUAUAAAUGUGUUUGGGUGAUAUAACAACCAUAACGUAAUAUUCACAAUAAUGAAGACCCUUCUGGCAUGUUUUUGGACAGCACUCUGCCCCUCAGCUGCAGUAAUGUCAAGAUAGUGAGAAAUCAGGGUUGCUGUAAUGAGACAGCAUCCAAAGAUAUUUUAUAGCAUAUAAUGGUCACAGCUAUAGAGAUUUCACAUGUUACACUGCCAAGUACUGCUUUAAGAAUGGUCACCAGACUUCCCCAAGAAUUUCGUAAAUUUCUGAAAAAUUGUUAUCAUCUGCGACGAAUACUACGAGAGACACAGAAAUCUCUGGAAGAAAUUACAGCAGCAUGUAUCUUUCCAGGUGAAGACCUGAAGGCUCAGGUGUUGGUGCCAGCUGUUCUCCAAAGACUUCGUUCUAUUCUGGAGUGUCAUCCAGCGCUCGUUAUACUGGGACAGAGCUGCCACGCAAAAGCUGUUCUCGUAAAUGCCCUACUUGGGGAAAUCAUUCUGCCACCAGGCGGCAGCUCAUGGAGAUGGGUUCGCUUUCUGUACGGUCUUUCUAGUCACAUUGCAGUAACGCGCAGCUCAGAUUUUGAAGUUGUAGAUGAUCUGCAAGCACAUGAUAAAGCAUGGACGAUUGUACCGGAAGAAGAUUUGAGGAGAUCAGAGGCUGAGGAGAAGGACAUGGCAGAACAUUCCACAAUAUUAGACAUUGAGAUUUGUCAUCCCCUCUUCAAGGACAAUGUUCAGCUUCUUGUACCUCCAGACUUUGAUACUCACCACUCACCGACGUUCAGAGAGAUUCUUUCCAAAGGAAUGGAAAAUGUGUUACCUGUCUUCUUAUAUGCAGUAGGAGAGGAUUCUCUGACUGACCAGAAUAUUUGUGACCUGCGGGAGCUGAAGCAGCUGUUCCCUGAGCUGCCAGUACUCUUCAUCUGUACCUCAGCUUCUCCUCAGGAAUUAACUGAAUCAGAGCAGCAUCAGCUGCAGGAGAACACGUGCCUUCAAGAGGAAUCCUCUUACACAUCACAGUGUCUGCGUCGCGAGGAUAUUGACAGGUCUUUAUUGGGAUUAAUUCAGCAACUUGCAAGGAUAGGAUACCUUCACCUGGAAGAGACAGAUUCGGAGGAGCCUAGCAUGACAACUAGACCUUGUUGUGGCCAGUUUUCUGUCGGUAGUGAUUUUCUUGAUGGACUGCAUAAACUUGACCAGUUGCUGUUUUUUGUUCGUGGUUGUCUCCAGUCACAUUUAGUUCAUGUUUCAUCAACCCUUAAUGAUAUUCACAGCGAGUGUUUGCGAAGGUUCAUUCUCUCAGCGUUUGACAUGGCAAGAGAGAUUCAAAUUACACCCCGACGUAUUCAGUACGCUCAGGAGAAGGAAGCAGAUCUCUACAAAAGUUUAAUGAUUGUUGCCAGUGAGAAGCAGAAAGAAAUUACUCACCUAAUAGAAGUAACGCUACAGGAAAUGAGGGAAGGCCUCAUUGAAAUUGCGGCAGAAUAUCAGUAUCGUGGUGUGACAUUGCUGGACAGCGAGGAGGUUGAAUCGUCUCAAGAUGUACUACUUGCCACCUCUGAAAUUCAGCAUUUGGUACUGACUAGAUUGAGCUCCGUUGUUGCACAGCAACUUGUCCAGUCAGUGGCCUGUCUCCAGGACACUUUUGUUGGCACAUUACAGCGGUGCUUAGAGAGCUUGGAAAAGAAUUGCUAUGAUCAGGAUGGACGUUCAUCAGCAAGUGAUGCAGUCAAGCAGAUCUUGACUGCAGCUUAUAAUGUAAAGUUAACUACCUCGUCGUCAUCUUCCUUUAUACACACGUUCUUGGAGCGUUUGCGGAAAUUACUACACACGUUUCAGUUACCGUGGACCGCAGCUCGUCGCCUGGACGUUGCCUGGAAAAAGAGGGUGGCCACAGAAAUGUUGGACUCUCUGAGUGCAACACGACUUGCAAAGAACAUUUCAUCCCAGUUCCGUGACAGAGUCAAAGCUUCACAUGAAUCUUUUCAGUCUGCCCUUCGGUCUCUGGAGAGUCAUUAUUCAGGACACCUGGAACGAACAGAAGAGCAACGAAUUGCAAUUCGCAAAUAUCACACACCCAGACUUGCUCGCCUUGCAUUGGAGAGUACAUCUAUGUGUGACAUGAUACGAUAUGGUAAAGAGAGUUUACAUAAAAACUGUUAUGGUAUUGUGUUUUCCUGUGAAUCGUGGGCAGGGUCUGGUCCUUGUGCUGUUAAGUCUGUUGUACCCCCUGAUGACAAGCAUUGGAAUGACCUUGCAAUGGAGUUUUAUUAUACAAGGACAAUUCCUGAACAUAAACAUAUUGUGAAGUUGCGUGGUUCUGUGGUGGAUCAUACAUAUGGCGGAGGCUGUUCACCAGCUGUUCUUCUGAUCAUGAAUCGGCUGUCACGGGAUCUGUACUGUGGACUUCGAUCGGGGCUCAAGUGGCUUGUUCGUCUGCAGAUAGCAAUUGACGUAGUGGAGGGCAUCCGUUACCUUCACUCCCAAGGUCUUGUCCACAGGGACAUUAAAUUAAAAAAUGUCUUGUUGGAUUACGGCAAUCGAGCCAAACUAACUGACCUCGGCUUCUGCAUUCCGGAAGCUAUGAUGUCUGGCAGUAUUGUGGGAACUCCAGUUCACAUGGCUCCAGAACUGCUCUCAGGUCAUUAUGACAGCAGUGUGGAUGUUUAUGCAUUUGGAAUUCUCUUCUGGUAUAUCUGUGCUGGACAUGUAAAAUUACCUCUAAGAUUUGAACAGUUUCAAAAUAAGGAGCAGCUCUGGACUGGUGUUAAGAAAGGUACGCGGCCAGAAAGGCUGAAAUGUUUUGAUGAGCAGUGCUGGCUGCUGAUGCAGCAGUGCUGGUCAGCAGAGCCCCCCAAGCGUCCACUUCUUGGCUACGUACUGCCUUUAUUGCAGUCCAUCAAUACAAAAUAUGCUCUCAAGGCCAGUGAAGCCAGAUGCCAACAUUUUUCCAAAAUACUCGUAACCGCCUACAAGACAACACCGCAUCAGAACGCACAAGACCAUAAUCAGCGUGUUUACUGCUGGAAGAAUGUCACAUCUCAGAAAGAAAGUCAUAGUUUUGGAAAAUGUGUGUUGAACCUCAUGGGGAGAUAAGACUUCGGUCGCUAAACCUGAGUGUUGACGCAGAGUUUUCAAAUUAACAGAGGUCCAGAGAAGGGUGAUUGAUUAGGGCACUGCAGGAAUGGUUUUACUGAUAACUGUAUUUUCAUAUUUGUGAAAGUGUGAAUUGAUAUGAGGAUCUGGUUUUCAGAACCAUAUAAUGUUUUAUAUCUUAUUGGAUAACAGAGUAUGAGUAACAGUCUGAUCUGGGAUGUGGAAUUUA